ACAGAAACGGUGAACAGCGGAUCUGCCUACAGCCACAACUAUGAACUCAGUCACUGCCUUCGUUGCCUGCCUGCUUAUCCUAGGUGCACAAGGACAACCAGCCAGCAAAUCUAAUAAAUGCAAGUGUUACAGUUACAUUGGCAGGAUCAGCCCAAAGCUCAUCAAGACUGAGCCAGUGAUACACUACCCAAGUAUCUUCUGUCCACAUACAGAGAUCAUUGUUACCACAAAAGCAGACAUGAAGAAGUGUGUGAAUCCAGAGUCCCCACUUGGACGACACAUUCUAAAAAAUCACAACAAGCAAGGGAAGAAAGGAGCUGUAAGCACCACGACUGCUGGUCAGAGUACUGCUGCAAUCUAAAUAAGACACUGCGUGACGAACACGCUGCACUCCUACUGCACAGCAGAAGUGACACCUGGUGUUGAACUAAAAGGACUCAUUCAGUCUCACCGGAAAUACAAGACAAUCAAUAUUCUUUAUGAUUACUCUGCAAUUUUUGUUCCCCUCGCGUGUAUAUAUAUAUAUAUAUAUAUAUACACAUUAAUAUAUAUUAAUAUAUAUAUAUAAACAUAUGUAUAGUCUAGACUUGAACUUCUUACAUUUUUGUACAUAUGCUUUUUAAAUAAUAAAAUAAAACCUAUAUG